UAUUUACGGAAAAUUUCUUCGUGAAUAUUUCACUCAUGUUCUGAAAAUUUUUCCAAAUGUGCACCACUACAUGCUUGGUUUUAAAAAUUUGAAUUUUUUUUUUGGCGAAAAAAAAUGGAAAAUUCAAAGUAAAUUUUUCGGUCUAUUUGGUAGUGUUGCAAGUGAUAACAACGAAUCAGAUGUAAUCGCUGAACAUGAUGUCGCAGAAUCAUCGUGUAACAUUGACCAACCAAAUCAUGGAUUAUUGGUCAAUCGUUUUGUCGAAGAAGUAACGGCCAAACAAGAACGAAAAAAUGUAAAAAAUUGUUCCAUCUGUGAGAUUAAUAUUCAUAAAUAUGUUUGUCCACGAUGUGGUACGAAAACCUGUUCGAUGAAAUGUUCAACAAAACACAAACAAUCCACUGGAUGUUCAGGAAUUCGUGAUCAAAUUUCAUUCGUUCCAUUAAAACAUUAUUCAGAAAUUCAUCUUAAUUCAGAUUUUAGAUUUCUGGAAAAAGGAAUUGAAUAUAUGCAAAAUUCGAAUCGAAUUCUGGACAAUAAUCCAAAACGUCAACUGUCAACUUGGGCUAUACGUUUUGCACAGGAAUGUCAGAAACGAAGAAUUCAAUAUGAAAAAAUGCCCAUCGCAUUCAAACGAGCUCGAUCAAAUAGAUCAAUCUAUUUGUAUAAAGAACAAACAAUCUAUUGGGACAUUGAUUUUACGUUUCCAAAUUGUCAAUCAAAAAAUGAAGCCUCAGUGUGUCAACUAUGUUUUAAAUGUAAUAGAAUUUCUGAAAAUCGUCUUUUGGCUGAUAUAGUUCAGGAAAUUAUUGAUCAACCAAAUUCUAUAGUCAACAACAAUAAUGAUGAUAAUGAUGAUGAUGAUCAAUGCAUCGAUCGAAUCGAUGAAUUUGAUUUUACGCCAUAUCGUAAUCAAGAAUAUCAGAUAUUGUUGAAACAUAAAUCCGGACGACAUUAUUAUCGUCUUCAACGUGAAUGGACAUUGAAAAGAAAUUUAGAGGAUAAAUCCAUUGUCGAAUAUCCAAUUUUGGUCAUUGUUUUAGCAGAAUUUGUACAUAAUUAUAAUGUCAUAUAGAUCAUUAAGGUUUUCUUUAACACAGA